UACAAACUAAACCAAAACGCAUAACGCUGGUACUGUUCUAUAUUAAGUAUAGGUCUUUCUUAAGAAAACGCCGCAAACAAGAUGAUUAAGGCACAGAGGCAAAAGUUUAAUCAAACCACCACAAAGACUAAAUCAACCACUAAUCCGAAAUCGAAAUUAGCAGCCGAGCAAGUAGCGGAGAUGGUGAAAGCGAGGUUGCCGUCGCAGUCUUCUUCCGGCUCAACUCCGGCCAAAUACAGCAAGCUCUAUAUUGUAUGUCACUAUCCUAUGCCCUACUCAAAUCCCCACCGAUAUUCGAUUUACCAAAUCGAUCUUACUUGUACGAAAACCCUUAAGCCCCCAAGUCCAGCUCCAUUGAACCCCAUAAUCACUUUGGAUCAAUCCUUUCCAAAUGAUAUGGCUGUGAUAGUCCUCUUGGGCCAUCUUUUAUUAUUCGGUGGGGAUUCUUUAUUUGUGAAACAGGGAACUAGGAGUAGCGGUAGGCUGGUCAAGAAAAGAAUAGAGGAAAAGGUGAUCACUUGGACUUCAGAUAUGUUAAUUUUUGAUUUUACUAAGUCGUCCAAAUGUUUGUCUCUGUCUACCUCUUCAAUGGUUAAAGGUCCGAAUAUGAAAUCUCCCAAAAUAUAUCCUGCUGCAGUUAUACUUGACGAAGUGAAGAUAUGUGUAUUUUCGUUAUGUUUGGUGGACAAAUCGGGUGUUCAGCUUCAACAUUAUCCUCCAAAUUUUGAAGUUUACAACACUUUAACCGGAAAUUGGUCCGAAUUGCCGGAACCAUUUGAUUAUUCUUCACAAGUUAGUAUUAACUCAUAUGUUAUCGGAAAAUCGACUCUUUUCAUUUCCACAGAAUGUUUCGGAAUUUCUUUUAUCGAUAUUAGGAAUGGAAUUUGGCAAAAGUUUGAUUGUUCUCCAAAAGUUGCAAGAUUUCGAUUUCAUUCGUAUGGAGUAAUCAUAGACAGCUUGUGUCUUUUGUCCAAAAAUGCAUAUGAUAUCCAAAAUAUGGAUUCAUUUGCACUUCUUCCUAAGUCGGAAACAAAUGAUUUAGUUCCGAGCGACAACCAUGGAGGUUCUGUUUCUUUGAUGGAGAACGAUCGUUUUGUCACAGCAAGGAUAGGCUUUCUUGGCGUUAGUUCAACUUCGGAGCUUUUGGGUGAUUACAUUCCCCAUCUUUUUGUCGAUGUCUACGAGUAUACCAAAGGAAGGACGGUUGCAAUGACUAAAGUUACUCGUGUUGACACCUUUAGAUAUUUUGUUACAGAUCAAAAAUUAGACAUAGCGGCGGCUAUUGGCUGUUUUCCGGCGUGUUUCUGAAGAAGCUGGUUUUUUGCGCUCUGAUUUUGUAUCUUGCCCAGGUGGAAGAGAUGGACCUAGAAUUUGAGUUUUAAAGCUAUGUUGUUUUCGGGCGUUUUAGUUUUGAUAAUUAACUGUGUUAUCAUGUAUUUUGAUAGUAUUUUGAUGAUAACUUAUACUAUAUAAUGUUUUAUAUUGAUAACACACUGCUUAAAUACUAAUAUGCAUACUGCCGUUGUUUGA